CACGGGGAGAGGAGAGGGAGGAACAGAAGGCGAGAGGGAACGAGGUUGAGGUGGCAGCGAGAGACACGGGGAGAAGGAGAGAGGAACAGAAGGCGAGAGGGGACGAGGUUGAGGUGGCGGCGAGAGACACGGGGAGAGGAGAGGAACAGAAGGCGAGAGGGAACGAGGUUGAGGUGGUGGCGGGAGAAGACGACAGGGAGAAGUAGAAAGGAAGACGAGGAGGUGGAGGCGUGCGGGAGAGGAGGUAGGACGCGUGACGGGAGAGGAGGAGGAGAGGAGACGACCCGAGACCACAGGAUUAAGGAAGACAAAGGCGUGAAGACACCGGGAGUGAGAGAGGCGUUCGCGGUAAGAGCGAGAGGACCGACAGGGAGGAGGCGGGGGCUGUGCCCCCUCCCCCGCCCCCCAUACGGGUCGACGAGCUGGGGGUGGUGGUGGGCACGCGGCGCGAUGGAAACGGUGGUGGUGAUCGCCAUCAGCGUGCUGGCCCUCGUGUUUCUCUCGUCGCUCGGGGCCCUCGUGCUGCUCUGCCGCCACCGCUACUGCCGCGCCGACCACAUCCUCACGGAGCGCGACUCGCGGCCGACCCUUGACCUGAUCGACGCCAUGGAGACGCAGAGCAACCCCUCCGAGCUGGAGCUGGAGGGCGUCGUCAUCACCAACCCCAACAUCGAGUCCUUCCUGGAGGACGUGGCCUGGAUCGAGGACGCCUCGGGACUGAUUCCACACUGCAUCGAGAUCCUGAAGACGUGCCACACGCUGACGGAGAAGCUCGUCGCCAUGACGAUGGGCUCGGGGCUGAAGGUGAAAUCGUCCAAGAGCCUCAGUGACAUCAUCACCGUGGCGAAGCGCAUCGGCCCCCGGGUGGAUGACGCUGUUCGCUGCAUGUACAACCCCAUGGAGCCCAAACUGCUGGAGGCACGGCUGACGGCGCUGCUGCUGUCCGUGUCGCACCUGGUGCUGGUGACGCGCAGUGCGUGUCUGCUGAGCGGCGCAGGCCAGGGCCUCGACUGGGUGGACCGCUCGCUGUCGACGGCGGAGGCGCACAUGGCGGUGCUGCGCGAGGCGGCUGAGGCCUCGGAGAUGGAGCCUUUGUCGGCGCCGCCGGCGUUCGUGCUGGCACCCACGCCGGCCUCGCCGGGCGACGUGUGCACCCACCCCAGCGCGCAGUCGCACCUGUGAGCCGUCGACCGACCGAUCUCGUCUGACCGACCGACUGACGGGAGGGCGGUAGACGGGUGUGCGUGAGAUUGUUGUCAUCGUCAUCAUCAGCAGCAGCAGCAGCAGGAUUGAUAGCAGCAAAAUAGACCUCGUCAUCAUCUUCAACAGCAGGAGCAGCAGCAUCGGCAUCAUCAUCAGGGGCAGAAUCAUUGGUAUCAGCGGUAUUGCAGUAAGCAGCAUCAUUCACAACAUUAGCAGCACAAUACGGUUCUUCUCAGUGUUGUCAUCAUUAUUAUCGUCGUCAAAAUCAGUCACCAUCGACAUCAACUUUAUCAGCAGCAGUAGUAUCAUCAUCGUCUUCUCCUUCUUUCUCAUUAACAGCAGCAGCAGCAUUUUCCUCCGUGAUGUCACUUUUCAAAUCUCCGUUCACAGAGAACCACAGAGUGCCCCUACAUAGUUCUAGUGCCAAACAAUCACUGGGCCCACGCGGGCAGCAGGUGAACUUUGGUGUGGAUUAAGACACACUCGCACCUUUACCAGCGAGACCGGCAAGCGCGGCUCACUCCCGGCAUUCAACUGCUUCCUCCCCCACAACUCAAUACACGGCGACUUUCUUAGUCGUCCACGAUGGACGGUAUCGUUAAAGCUACCAACAACGUCUUGGUCUUUGCCUGGACAGUUUUAUUAAGGCUGUGCUCCCACUGAAACAUUUUACUUUUGUUCUUGUCUCCAGUUAAAAAUUCCGUGAACUCACGCUCGGCUCAUGAUACGGGCAAAAGGUGUGGAGCGACCUCAGUAGGCUGGGCCUAUAAGCGGUGGGCGGGACCAACGUGAUCGAGAGACUUUAAGGUGGCCGCUCGCCGUGAGCGGUGCUAGUGGCCGAGUGGGCGUGGUGAUUGGGAAGUGGGCGGGGCCAGCUCUCACCAUAUGUGUCCCCCGUUUUGAGUCGCCGACAAAUGUGGUGGAAGCGGUUAAAGCACUGAGCCGUGAUCAUUGAAGCCGAUGUGGAAUCGCUUGAAAGCUUGCACAAAAGACGUGCAUAGGACAUUCUCACUCAAGCGCUCUUUUCACGGUUUGCAUUUAUUGGAUUCGAACAGGAAGGGUAAAAGCUGCUGUUUUAAGUAUAACUUUAUCUGGCUUAUACCCCCGCAUGGAUGUCACACUAAGAAUAAGGAUGUUUUCUUUGCGAAACAGCUGUGUGCCGAGGCUUUAUCUCUGUAGCGUACGCGCACGUACCGCGUAAGUGUGUGGCGAUUCAUCGAUCAACAUCGACGCCUACUUACGACGCGAGCAUCGAAUGACGCGUGGCGAAGAAAAACCGCACGCUUUUAGACACAUUCAAAUCAGACGCCGAUGUCACGUUCACUCGAAGGGAGCAAACACAACUGCACAAAUGGAAAACGACCAAAACGGUACGAACGGGGUUUUCGACAAAAUGAGAAAAUACAUGGCCGUCCUUCAGAAACUCGGUUAAAUUCCCGAGGAUCCUGCCAGCCUCCUGGGGGCGAAACAUCGGACAUCGUGCCGACACGACGCGCGGCAUGAAACUCAAAACCCAUGGGGGUGAGCCGUGCAGCACAAACAGAGAAAACCCGACAUCGGUACGCGACGAAAAAUAACAUAUUGUUGAAUUGUAUCGCGGGCCGUGAAAACGCGAAGGCUCCACGCAAUCGUCCCCCGCCCCCUUAGUGUUGCGUAAAGUGACGUGUGCUGAGCAGGUGACAUCGGCCAACGAUUAUUGGCUCGGGUGAUGUUGGCUGCCUGGGGGGAAUGCACGAGCGCCCCAAGGCGUUUAUCUGCUUUUUUUUUCUUUACAAUAUAUAAAAAAACGUGCUCUGGCCGGGAGGAAUCGUAAAAGCGUUAACCAUUAACCUGGGGCCGCGUCUGAACGAGAGGACAUGGCGACAGGGUUUACAGACACCGGCGGUUAGGUGCAGCUCAGGCUGGCGAGAGGGCCCUUCACUCCUCUUAUCAAUUAAGCCACUGGGACGCCUGUGACAACUCGGCUCGUAUUGGGUCUCCGCCUACUUCGAUGAGUAGAUUGAGCACAGUCGCAUGUUUAUCUGGAGAUCGUCGAGCUAGGUGAAAGCUUGGCAAUAGGUGGGGGUGGCUGUACGUACGUUGAACUUCUUUCGCAACGUACGGAGCCAACCGUGCUAAUCGGAGGUGUGGAGGAAGGACAACACAACUAAACGCAAUAAACAGUUCUAAAGAUAUGAGUUUUCAAAAAAUAUUUCAAAGGGCUUCCUAAUAUCGGAAGGAAGAGCGUUCCAGACGGCCGCAGAGGCGCAUCUGAAAGCGCGCGACGCAGUGACCGUCUUUGUUGGAUGGCCAGCCAGAAGCCGCUGUGAGCAUGACGGGAGUUCGCGUGGUCGUUUAGGCUGGGCGCCUCAGGGGUCAGAGCACUGAGCCGGUACCAGUGAGGUCGCAAAUCCUGCUCUGUUGCCCCCCACAGUCUAGAACCCCUUUCCCCCCCCCCACCCCCCUACAAUCCGUACUGUCGACUACCUGCUCCUUUUCAAGUCCAAACUCAGUCACUUUUUUCCCCGCGACCUGUGACUUGGCUGCCUCGUUCCGUCCAUGAAAUAAAUACGCCUACCCGUUUC